AUGGGCAUGGGAUCAACCUUAACAAAAUCGAACAAAGGCAUUGCGGAUGAAAAGGCUAGAAAGGCUUCACCGGCCAAGGCUUACGCUGAUCUCGCCAAGGCCAAGCUUUCCGGUCUGGUGGUCGCCACUACUGCAGCCGGAUUUGUCGCGACAGGCGGUCCACUUUCAACCCAGCUAGACGUUUUCACAGCAUGCGUUGUUGGCACAGCCCUAUGCUCCUCAUCAGCUGCAGCUUGGAAUCAAAUUUUGGAGAUUCCUCGGGAUGAAAAAAUGAAGCGAACCCAACAACGACCACUGAUUACUGGUGCGCUCACACUGUCGAAAGCGAAAUCGGCUGCCGUGGUCUGGGGUGCUUCGGGUGCAGCCUUGCUGGCAGCGGGGACUGAUCCCGUUACUACCACGUUAGGCGUUGGCAAUAUUGCGCUCUACGCCGGGUUGUACACGUACAUGAAGCCUCGGUCCAUCUACAAUACGUGGGUGGGUGCUGUUGUAGGAGCAAUACCUCCGGUAAUGGGCUGGACCGCGGCGACAGGAGGAUCCAUUAUGGAUAUGGAAGCUUUGAUGCUCGGAGGCAUAUUGUAUCUGUGGCAAAUGCCACACUUUUUUGCGUUGUCCUACAUGUACCGGGAAGAUUACAAACGUGGUGGUUUCCAAAUGGUACCGUGUUUGGAAGCGGAUGGUGUCCAAACAGCGAACAUAGUUGUCCGAUACGCCUGGUAUUUGAGUGCUGUCCCGUUUGUAUGCGCUUUGACGAGCGUGACAAGCAGUAUGUUUGCUUUGGAAGGCGUUGCGUUGAACGCUUACGCCUUAACGGUGGCGCAUAAGUUCAAACGGGAGCGCACGAACGCUAACGCACGCAAAAUAUUUUUGACAUCCCUCUGGUAUCUACCAUCCUUACUAAUGCUGUUUUUGCUACACUCCAAAACCUGGGAUGAUGAGGAAGAAAAGACCAAGGAUCCAAUCGCUAAUUUCUUGUUUACGCAGAUUCAUUCUAUUCGCGACAAAGGAAGGGACUUGUGCGUUCACGAACAAGUAGUGGCAACUCAUUCCGAUGGCAAAGAAGCAUGCCCAGUCACCGUUGCGGCUAAACAAACCAGAAAGGGAGUGCAAAAAGUAAAGUCGACUGCGGAUUCAGCGACCGAUGCUAUUCAGGAGAAGUCCACAAAGAGUAGAGAAACGUAA